UUUUACUUUAGCUAGCGAGAGGAGAGAAAGAAAUGGGAAAUUGCAUCUCUGGAGAUGUGGGAGGAGGCAAACAAGCAAUAGGUGGGGUUCAAGGUAGGCCCACCGCCAAUAAUAACGCGGGACAUAACGACGCCGUUGAUCACUUUUUCAGAGCUAGAGGUCAAAAUCCUCUUUUUACCCAAAUUGAGUUGUCUAUAUCAGCUUCAAAGUUACGUGAUCGUGACAUCACAUCAAAGAGUGAUCCUAUGACAAUUUUGUAUGUAAAGAAAAGGGAUGGGACACUAGAGGAGCUUGGUCGCACAGAAGUCAUACUGAACAGUCUCAAUCCUGCUUGGAUUGAGAAGAUCAAUGUUGCUUAUCAGUUUGAGAUUGUUCAACAUUUGGUUUUUCAUAUAUAUGAUGUGGACACCAAAUUUCAAGGCAUACCUGUGAAGGCGCUAAAGUUGAAUGAGCAGGAAUUUUUGGGAGAAGCCACUUGUGUUCUGUCCGAGAUAGUGACCAAAAGAAAUCAAUCUUUAACUCUCAAUCUCCAUAGCAGAAAUGGGCCUGGAGGUUCCAGAAACUUAGGGACAUUGACUGUCCAUGCUGAAGAAAACUUUUCAUCCAGAAUGGCUGUUGAGAUGAAAUUGCGUUGUUCCCAGUUGGACAACAAGGACAUGUUUUCUAAAAGUGAUCCUUUCUUGAGAAUUUCAAGACUACUUGAAAGUGGAAAUUCUGUCCCAAUAUGCAAGACAGAGGUGAUAAACAACAAUUUAUAUCCAGUUUGGAGAGCCUUAUAUCUGAGCAUGCAACAGUUUGGAAGCAAGGACAACCCAUUAGUUAUCGAGUGUUUCGAUUUCAACAGCAAUGGCGAUCAUGCUCUCAUUGGCAAACUUCAGAAAUCAGUUUCAGAGUUGGAAGAGCUUUACAAAGACAGAAGCGGUGCAAAUUUGGUAUUCCCGUCUCAUCGGGGUCAGGAGAAGGUCUUGAAGGGUCAGCUCUUCGUAGAUGAAUUUAUCGAGAAGGUGCAAUUCAGUUUCCUUGACUACAUAUCUAGUGGAUUUGAGCUAAAUUUCAUGGUUGCCAUUGACUUUACAGCUUCAAAUGGAAAUCCUCGAAAUCCUGAUUCUUUGCACUACAUUGAUCCUUCAAGGCGAUUGAAUUCUUACCAGCAGGCUAUAAUGGAAGUUGGAGAGGUCAUACAAUUUUACGAUUCUGAUAGGCGGUUUCCAGCCUGGGGUUUUGGAGGAAGGGCAUAUGAUGGCACUGUAUCGCAUUGUUUUAACCUGAAUGGCAUGAAUGCCCAUGAGGUUGAAGGAGUUGAAGGCAUCAUGGCUGCUUAUGCUAAUGCUCUGCACAAUGUCACUCUGGCUGGACCCACUUUGUUUGGGCAUGUGAUCAACACGGCUGCACAAAUAGCUGGCCAGACUAUCUCAAAUGACAUUGCCAAAUAUUUUGUGUUGCUCAUUAUAACGGAUGGAGUGCUGACGGAUAUGCAAGAAACAAUGGAGGCUUUGGUUAGGGCAUCUGAUCUUCCUCUGUCUAUUCUUAUAGUUGGAGUGGGGGAUGCAGACUUUAAACAAAUGGAGAUUCUGGAUGCUGAUAAUGGACAUCGAUUGGAGAGUUCAGCAGGCCGUUUGGCUACACGAGACAUUGUACAAUUUGUUCCUAUGCGAGAAGUGUAUAGCUGCCGGAUUUCUGUUGUUCAAGCUCUACUGGAAGAGCUGCCUGGGCAGUUUUUGAGUUACAUGCGUUCUAGAGACAUUAAGCCAGUCAAUGCUUGAAUGUGACCUUGUUUUGAUUCUAACGCAAAAUAUAUCAAAACCUUGUGUAUAUAGUAGAAUUAGAAAGAUAGUUAUAGCCCGUCCAUAAGAUAGCCUAAGAAGCCAAUCUGUAUAUACACACUAGAAUCAGAAUGAUAGUUUUACUACAAUCUGUCAAGAUUGUUGUUCUGUCCAAAUUGGUGGAUUCAAGAUUAUUUGAUUCUUUAUUUCCAAAGGAAGAUUACUAUUGUUGUUUCUUGUGCAAGCCAAGAAAUGCAAAUUGCAAUUCUGAU